UUGCAUUACCUAAUCUUAUCAUACAAGGAAAUCAAGAAUCUGCCAAAUUUCAUGGGCGAUUCCUCUCUGAUGAUGAACUCAAAUAUGGAACUCCUAAAUAGCCUAAGCCAUCAGCUUGAAGAUGAUCAGAAUUUCAGCUCAAAUAUUCAUGAACAUGGUUUUUUGGCUUUGUCAAAUGAAAACUUCUCUAAUCAUCAUCAACUCCCCAUCAUGGCUAAUUUUAAUACCGAUCAUAUGAAUAUUAGCCAUGAUAUUUAUGAUCCCGCCGCUGCCGCUGCCGCUGCCGCUGCUGCUCAGUUUUUUACUUUGGGAGGUCCAAGUUAUGGCUGCAGUAGCAGUAUGAAUAAUUCAAUCCUUGAAUCAGAGUUCAUGUUGAAUAUUAAUAAUAUUCCAACUCCUCCACCUCAAGUGCCUGGAAAUACUGGCAAGAACACAUGUGAAGGGAGAAAAAGAAAAAGGAACAAUCAGAAAGAAGCUGAGAAGCCAAGAGAAGUUGUACAUGUUAGAGCAAAGAGGGGCCAGGCUACUGAUAGUCACAGUUUGGCUGAACGACUUCGAAGGGAGAAAAUAAAUGAAAAACUCAGAAGCUUGCAAGAACUAGUUCCUGGAUGUUAUAAGACAAUGGGAAUGGCAGUGAUGUUAGAUGUAAUAAUCAACUAUGUCCGGUCACUGCAAAAUCAAAUUGAUUUUCUUUCAAUGAAACUAUCAGCAGCAAGUUUGUUUUAUGAUUUUAACUCAUCAGAGAUGGAUGAUAUGGAGUCAAUGCAGGGAACAAAUGGGUAUGCAGCUCAAGGAAUGGGGAAGAUUGAUGGUGAGGGGUAUGGAGGAAUUCCUCAGUUUCAAACUUCUUGGCCUCUGAGACCUAAUUAAAAGCUCCCUAAGAAAAUAUACUCAUUUCAAUUUAUCUCAAUAUUAUGUAACAGAUAAUUAAUAUGUUUGAACUCCUUUUGUGGUUAUAAACCCUUGAUUUCAAUUAUCUUCUAUUUUUGUAUUAAAUUCGAAUGCUAAGUAAUUCCUCUGAUCUAUUUAUAUUGUUAGUGGUUAUGAAGAAAAUGGAAUUACACUAUAAAAGAUGUUGAUCUA